AUGGACCAAGCUCGGCCUCAUGUUCGAGCCAUCAUAUCCUGCACUUUCUGCAGACAAAAGAAGUUGCGAUGCGAUCGCCUUCGACCGUGCGGGAGCUGCGUCAAACGUGGCCUGAACUGUGUCUUUCUCAACCCAAGUCCUCCACCCCGCACUGCUCCAGCUCGGUCUACCAGGCAGCUGAAUCAACGAGUCAGGGAAUUGGAGAAGCUGGUGAAUGCUCUAGCAAGAACAAAGAACUCCCGCGAACCAGAUCAUAAGAGCGAUCAAACAGUCGACAGUACUGAUGAUGCAGUUACCAGUUCGCUGGGCAGGAUCCAGGUUGGGGAAACGGGCACGAGUUAUGUUUCUGGGGCGCACUGGGCAGCGCUUCAAGACAGUAUUGCAGAGAUUAAAGAGUGUCUCGAUUCAGAUCAAUCUCUGACGCAGAACUCGAGUGAGGGUCCAGCACUCUUACUAGGGCUAUGUCCGCCAGGGAGUAAGGAGGAUUUUUUGGCUGCUGUGCCGCCAAAGCCCGUGGCGGAUCGCCUGAUAUCAAGGUUCUUUAAUUCAAUGGAGCCGGGAGCUUCCCAGUAUAAUUGCUUUUGGAUUCAACCCCAGGAGGUCAGCUUGACGUGGUUGAGUAUGCUUUUCGGCAUGAUGUGCUUGGCUAUACGACUUCACCAGCGUGCCGAAGGCGAGCCUGUCGAUGCUAUCGGCAACCCCGAAGAAGCUUGCAACAUAUAUCGACUUUAUGCCGCCUACUGUCUGAUCAGAGACAGAUAUACCACACCGUCUAAAUACACCAUCGAAGCUCUACUCACAUACGCACAAUGUGAGUAUUUCCGAAGCGCCGAUGCCCAGCAUGAGAACUGGGUGUUGUUCGGAAUCAUCAUGCGACUAGCCCUCCACAUGGGUCUGCACCGGGAUGGCUCUCGAUACCCUGAGAUAUCCUGCUUCGAAGCUGAAAUGCGCCGGCGCAUCUGGACUUUCAUGAUACAGGGGGACGCGCUUUCCUCCUUUCAGUCUGGUCUGCCACGCAUGAUGUACAAGGGCGUGGCGGAUACAAAGCUGCCGCGAAACUUACUGGAUGAGGACUUUGACGAGACCACUACGAGUCUGCCGCCUUCUCGGCCAGAUACAGAUGCGACACCGCUCUCGUAUGUGAUUGCAAAAAGUACACUGAGUGAAGUUUUUGCUUCAAUCACUGACUGCGUGGCGUCGACGGAGCCCACGACCUAUCAGUCGAUCAUUCAGCUAGAUAACCAGCUGAACGAAGCCUAUGCUGCGAUUCCUGCCCAUCUCAAAUUUCGUAGUGUGGCGCAAUCGGUUAUUGACCUGCCUCAUAUUAUUAUGCGCCGAUAUAGCUUGGAGAUUCUGUAUCAGAAAUCUCGUUGCAUUUUGCACCGUCAACAUCUCUGCGAGGGACGCUCUGAUCCGCGAUACGCUAAGUCCAGACAAAUUUGCAUCGACGCGGCAAUGAGCCUACUACAACAUCAGGCUACUCUAGACGCGCAAGCUCAGCCGGGUGGCGUACUAUGCCAUAGCAGAUGGUUCCUCUCGUCGCUGGCUUCCCAUGACUUUAUUCUGGCUGCGAUGAUUCUGUGUUUGGAGCUCCAUCACCAAUCGCGGAAUAGCGAGCAGCCAAAUGGGGAUGAACCGCAUCGCAUAGAUGAGUUCCUCCUUGCCCUUCAAACCUCUUGCCAGAUCUGGAGCCGGUACAAGGAGUCCUCUGCCGAGGCCAUGCAGGCAUGGCGAUCAAUCAGCAUCAUGCUCAGUAAAUUGAAUGCCACGUCCUUGAAUCCGCGGACACCUAUAACCAAUGGCAGUGAUAUUUCUAGUAUAAAUGAUAGUCUGCUACUAAGCACUUCUGACACCACAGACCAGCCGACCUGGUUUGAGCCGCCCUCGUUUAGCAAUAUGAACUUCGAGAGUACUGCAGCACCGGCACUGGGUGUUCCUGGUGAAGUCAUGAUCGACAAGAACUUUUGGGAUUUUUCAAAUGGCAUUGACUGGGCUGAAUUCGACGCAACAGUACAGAACUUGGACAUGGCCGGAAAUAGACUUGGGAUAUACUAG